CCGUGUUCUAUUUCAGGUUUUUUCUGUGUGUAUAUUUCCUCUUGCGUACGACUAAACAAAUACAGAUAACUUGUAUGUUCGGAUCAUUUAUAAUUAUUUAUCAUUUAAAAGGAUAUAACAGUUCAUUAUGGUUUAAAGGCAAAGCAGAUAUUCAUAAAAUGGCGUAUCGCAUAGGGUCUACUAGUAGCCGAAGACCUAGAGAGAACUACAGGGACAGCUAUAUACCUGGUAACUGGAGUGAAUGGAUUGAAAUCAUGUCUCCUAUACCACAGGGAAUGUUUGUUGAACGUGAUGGCCCUGGUUACAGGAAUACCAACGUGCGUAGAUAUAUCAAAGAAAACUGUGGCAUUUAUGAAUUAGCAUUGGGAAAAUCCAGAUAUGAGCGCGUUGCUGUAUAUCUUGGAAGCACUUGUCGAAGUGAGAAUAUGUUCGCAAGAAUUAAUGAGUACUGUCGGAAUGGAUCACAUAAAAGUGAAAUAAUUGAUGAAGCCCUGAAUCAAGGUUACACAAUUUAUGUACGGUAUAGACAAUCGGAUCCGGUUGAGGAAACUAGCUUAUUGCGCAUGGAAUAUACAGAACAACGGUGGCAUGCGAAUUUAUUGGCCGUAAAUCUUAUAUAAAUUUGUUUAAAAUUGUAUUAACCUUCUCUUUCUACGGAGUAUUUUUUGUGCCGUGUGGCGAGACAGUAAAAGGGCUCCCCGUUCCUUCAAUCAAAGCUGUUAUAAUUCGAUCAGCACGAGAUUUAUGUUAUAUUAGUGAGCUGUUUAAUUUUUCAGCUUGAAGAUUUCGGUUUUGGUAGUUCCAAUACUUUUGGGUAUUGUUUAAUCACACCUCGAUCAGUGUUAUUUAAAGCAGUUCUCAUGUACAAAACCAUAUAUGGUAUCUCAAAGAUCCAUUCACUUUGCUUUUGCUAUUCAUUCUAGAACAUUAAGGUCAUCCUCUUGUCUCCAACUUUAUAGGCCCUAACCAAAUAGUGAAUCUUUCAGAAAAACUUUUCUGUACUCUGGGUCAGCGUUAGAAUGGUUACCCCAGUACAUACAAAAUGUAACUUCAGUAGCUCAAAACAUUUUAAAUCCUUAUAUGUACAAUGGAGUAAAUUUCCCAGUAGCUAGCAGCUCUUGAGAUAAAUACUUUGCAUAAUUUAUUCUGCUUUUUAUCAUGUUUUUGUAACAUGUGUUGUGUAAAUGUAUGUAUUGCUGAGAGCCUCAUGGAAGAUCGACUUGUUCAAAUGUGUUCCUUCGUUAAAUAAAUCCUGCUUUUUAAUUUUGUCUUUUGACAGUUUCUGUGAUAUGCAGGAUCCAUAACUUAAGAUUCCCUCUCUAAAUUCCAAUUUGUUUCGUUCCGCCCAUUGUUUUUUGGUUUAGGGAAAAGCCUUUCUUUUAACUGGGGACCAUACUUCGCUUAUCAUCGAAUUGCACUCUGAAUAUCAUUAAAGGUUCCAUGUGCAUCGCUGUAUGAAUACAUCUGCUAAUGUCUCUAAAUUAUAUUCUGAUACUUAUAACAUGUGCAUAUGUUGAGUUCUGCUCAACCCGAGGCUGGAGGGCGUGGAUGGUAGCUUGCAUUUCCAUUAGCGUUCAUGAACAGGCUCAAUCAAACCGAGCCUGCAACAUUUUCAUUUAUGUCGUGUUGGGCGGCCUCUGGUUUUCCAUUUUUUUAUUUUUCUGUAGGUAUGAAAACAUAACUGGCAGAGAUAUUGACUGUUUAGAGAAACCCAUGCAGUUGUGCUUAAAGUCUUUGCAGUGAUUUAUCAUAGCAAGUCUGAACGAAAUAUGAUGAAAAAUCUGAAGAAAUGAAUUGAUAAUUGUGUAGAUGCAAAGUAAACAAGGUCAAUAAAUAUUUUUAAUAAAGGGAGAAAUCCGAGGUACGCUUCCCCUGACUGAUUUUUAAAUUGCAUGUUUAUACUAGUAUAUGCAUGUAGCGGGAGUGACUAAGUACUUUUCUCAUAAGUACGUGUCUAAGAAAUUCAAAAAUAUGUGUAAAAAGUCUCCCUUUUUUUUAAUCAAUUAUAAACUUUAUUUCAUUUCGCCUCUGUUUGAAUGCUUUCAUACAAUACAAAGUAAGUUUUUUUACAACGUUGGAACUAUAUGUUAAUAAAAAUCAUGUUAACAAAGUAGAAUAUUAUAUGUAGUCCUACGCGGCUCCUUUAUUUUAUAUAUACAAAGUCUAAUUUAUUAGACCGUUAUUACCUUACAUUUCGUUUCGGUAAGGUUAGUGCGGCAGUUUUGAGUCUAGAGUCUUGGGUCUAUACAAACGAUAGUAUCUACCUAUUGACACAAAUGAAGUUUAUUAAAUGUGACACUUAGCUUAUUUUAUGUUUCUUUACAAUAGCAUAUUAGCAAAUAAAUGUUAAGUUUCACUUAUUUUGCUCACCCGUACGUUUCGUAACGGUAUAGAGUAAUUUGCCAUAUUCUCAGCAUUGACGAAUAUUGUUGUAGCGUAAUGGCCUCUAAAAGCCACAUGGCACCAGUGUUACCAGACUUGUAAAACCUAAUGAGGCAUAAUGGUAUUUUUGACUUACGUUGGCAGAACCACGGUUGGUGGCUCUGCCGCCUCGCCUCGCCUGAAUAUCUAGUACAUAGACCUUUUAUAUGCACCGGCCAGACUGUUGAUUACCAAAUUAAGAUGUAGUUUUCCUGGUGUUAUGUCUUAACCUGCCCAGAGCUACGCUAACUUGUCAGUUUUAUAUUUCAACAAAUUUAAAAGGUCAAGAGUAUGAAUAUAUACUCUCCAAGACAUUGAAUACUUUAGUCUUUUAAAACAAUAGCCUAGCUCCCUUUUUGAAAUUACAUUAUAUUGUCCAACAAUUUAGAUAUACAUAAUAUAAAGUUAUUAUUUAAUCAAGCAAUUUCAUAUUGGCCUUGUUAUUUGUCCAAGGGUUGUCGUAUUGGCCCGAGGACAAAUAACUAGGCCAAUAUGAAAUCGCUUGAUUAAUUCAGCUUUCGACUGUUGGCGGUAAGAUAAGAUAAGAUAAGAUUUGUUUUGAGUCGGCAAGACAAUUACAAGUACCAUAAGCUCUGAUGAGCUUUUUUAACCGACUCAGGAACAAGUGUAAGUUAACAAAAGUAAAUGGCUACAAGUAAGAAAUGAUAAUUUACAUCAUAAAACAGUAUAAGAAUUCUGUGAGUUACCUUAUGGCAGCUAUGCGCGUUCAGGUGAAAAAUCUUGACAAGUUGUUUAGACUUAUUUUAGAAAUCAUAAUCAUUUUAGCCCGUAAAACACAAUGAGUUGUAUGUAGGUACUUGAGAAUAAUUUUGAGAGAUAUUUUUGAUGUGACAUAAUCAAGAGUAAAUAGAGCUUACCUUAUUUUUUGAAUAUUUAUUACACACUGUAUUAGAUCAAUUGCAAACGUUAUCCACUUAUAUAUAUUUCACUGUUCGUCAUAUAUUAUGUAAAUGUUUGCCACCAUGGACUUAAAGUCCAGUGGAAUAUAUAGAUCUAUGAAUAAACUUGAAAAAACUUGUAA